AUGGUCGGAAAAUACGCCGACGACCCAGUAUGGGCCUCUGUGACUCCAAUUCCACUGGAUGAUGGCGAAGGUGCCGAUGCCUUGCCUUUGGCUUCCAUUGCCUACCCCACCGAGUACCUCGAGGCAACAUCUUACCUGCGGGCCGUGAUGGCUGCCAAUGAGAUGUCUGAUCGGGCCUUAGACUUGACUAAGGAUAUUAUCUCGAUGAACCCUGCUCAUUACACUGUUUGGAUCUACCGCGCCAGAAUCCUCUUCGCGUUGGAUAAGAAUAUCGAAGAAGAAGUUGCAUGGUUGAACCAGGUAGCUCUCAAAUACUUGAAAAACUAUCAAAUCUGGCACCACCGCCAAGUACUCAUGUCCUCCCGCCAACAUUUCCCCAGUCUUCCACCUAAGGAACUAGACUUCCUAAUGGAAAUGUUCGCCCAGGACAGCAAAAACUACCAUGUAUGGACAUACCGCCACUGGCUCGUCCGCCACUUCAAGCUAUGGGAUCACCCCCGCGAAAUCGAAGACGUGAACGUCCUCCUGAAAGCUGACGUCCGCAACAACUCCGCCUGGAGUCACCGGUACACGCUCCGCUUCGGUCCUCGCGCUGACACCGAGCAUGACGCCGGUAUGGUCAAUGCGGGCGAUAUGUCAACUACGCCGGCUGAGAAGGGCGUGUUGGCCGUUGUCGACGAGGAUAUGAUUGAUGCGGAAUUGGAAUUUGCGCAAAACGCUAUUGUGCGGGCACCGGAGAAUCGGAGCCCGUGGUGGUAUGCUCGGGGUGUUUUACUUGCGUCUGGUAGGAGCUUAGGGGAGUGGGAGGAUUUCGCCGGGAAGUUUGUUGUUUCAGAGGAUAUCGUUAAGAGCUCUCAUGCUGUUGAGUGGUUGGUGGAUGUUUAUGCUUCCGAUGAGAGGAAGGGCAAGGCUGUUGAGAUGUUGGGUUUGUUGGAGAAGUAUGAUCCUAUUCGGAAGAAUUAUUGGGAUUAUCGGGUCAAGAUGUUGGAUAUUUCUGUUUAG